ACCUGUUGUGACGUCCCCACAUCAGGACAACUUCUGAUUCUGGAAUUCCCAUAAAUGUGAAAGAUUCUGAAGUUAACUGUAGUUGGCGAUCGGAAACAUGUUUGGCUUACAUCUGCAUGCCUGCCAUGUAGCUAAAACAUGGAACUACUUUGGAAUUUGUUAACGUAUCUUUUGUCAUUAAUUUCACUCAAGCCCUUAACACCAACGGGCAGUGAAUUAACUGGCUUUGAUACAGCUGACCAUGGAAUAUUCGGGAGCUUCGAUGUUGUGGCGUUUUUCCGUCAGCUGCAGGAGCGUUUGUACGGUUGUGGUAAAUCGCUCCUUGACAGCAUGCCGGACGACGUAUUGCAUCCAGUUCUCGAUUUCCAUGAAAUGACUUGGGAUAUUUUUUUGAUCAUGGCAAUGGUUCAUAUCAUGUUUUUGACCAUUGCCUUGCGAACAAUGUGCGCUGCGAAGAGAGCUAUAUCCAGGAUGAGAGAGGAUGGGAAUCAGAAACUGGAGAUGCUGCUGGCUGAACAGUCCAAGGUCCAGCAGCUGCAAGGAAAAAUCAAAAUGCUGGAGGAGGACCACAUUGUCCUGCAGAAUGAGAGAGUGCAUCUGGAACUGCAGUCAAAAAUCAUGCAGGAGAAACUGGAUGCGAAGAGCCAGUGUCAGGACACAGACAGCGCCCUAAAGGCUUCAGGCUCUGAGCACAGCGACAAAGAGUCAGAGGUUAAAUAUGUAGUGAAAUCUGACAAACUGACGACCAAGAGGUCGGAGGAGAGUAAGAAGACCAAUGACAUCCUCAAGAUUCAGGUGGAAUUUCAUAAAAGGCAGGCAGAGGAGAAUUUGAUUGGCACUCGUAUUGCCGAGCACGCUCUGGCGGUAGAGAGGAAAGAGAACGCAAACCUCAGGCGGAAGGUCAUUGAGGUCAGCACACAACUGGCAGAAAUAAAGGAUCCUGUCAUUGUGCCGCCUCUUAAGAAAGAUGGUAUUGCUUCUGGGAGAUCGGGAAAGGCUGCUCUUGAAGACCAGCUGUACACGGAGAAACUGCAAGGAGAGAAGACUGUACAGUUGGAAGAGAAAAUCAAGAAGAUGGAAUGUGACCAGGCCUCUCUGAGCAAUGAAAAAACAAACCUGGAAAACCUGUAUAAGAUUCUGCAGGAGAAAUUCCUGAUCAUGCAAAGCCUGUGCCAAGAGAAGGACAGCGCUCUGCAGCAGAGGCUGGCUGAGGAGGAAGUGGAGCAGCACGUGAAGCAGAUCAAAUCUGCUGGACCCAAGGAGGAAGUCCGCAAUUUCAAGCAGAGGAUCCAGGAAAUUAACGAAAAACAUGAGAAAACUCUGGACAGCCUUAAGAAAAAGAUUGCUUUUCAUCAGAAAAAAGCGCAGGAGAAUUGGGUUGUUGCGUGCGCAUCCGAACGUGCCCUCACCGUGAAAAGGAAAGAGUUGGCCAACCUGAGCAAACAGCUGUCUGAGGUCAGUGCUAACUUGGCGGGAUACCAGGAGCCACUGGUUAAGGCUUCCUCAAGCCGCUCUGACCUGCAGAUAAGGCCCCUGAGGAAAUAUGGCACUGUCCCAAAGAAAAACAGGGCGGCUGUCACCAUGGUGGACAAAUCGACGCAGGCGGAGAGCUCUGACCAGCUCGAGCGGUAUCGGGCCCGGGCUGAGCUGGCUGCAGAGAAGACUAAGGUCGAGCAGCUGGGAGCAAAAAUCCAAGCGAUGGAGGAGGAAUACGAGGCUCUCAGGAAAGAAAUGCUCAAGCUGGCGUUUCAGAAUAGAACUUUCCAGGGAAAAGUGCAGAGUAUGAAUGAGCUGUGCAAGCAGAAAGACCAGGCCCUCCAGCAGAAGACAGCUCAGGUGGACACCGAGCGUCGCGACAAAGAGCUGAAAGUGAAGGAGGUGCUCAGGGUUCACAAACUGAAGGUCCAGGCGAUUGUGGAGCAGCAUCAGAAAUCGGAGCUGUCCUGCAAGGCUGAGAUUGUAUCUCUUAAGAAGUCACGAGAUAAAUUGAUGAAAACCUGCGCCUCUGGACGUGCACAAAUGACUAAUCUUUGCAAGCAGCGAGGGGUCAACAGUCGCGAGGCUGAAUGCCAGAGAGCGCCAUCUGGGGCCACUCCCGACAGCUGUCAGGAAGCCCCUCUUGAGAAAAAGACUAUUGCCACACAGACAUCAUUGUGUGGCUCUUCAGACACAUCGGAAAAACUCCCUAAUGCAGUUGAAGACAAUCAAAGCCUUUAUCUGAAGAAACUGCAGUUAGAGGAGGAAAAGUCCCAGCAGCUGGAAGAAAAAAUCCAAACUCUGGAGCAGCAAAGAGAUGCUCUGAAGAGAGAGAGAUCCCAGCUGGAAGAUCAGACCACAUCCCUCCAGAGUGAACUGCACAGUGUGAAUGAGCUGUGCCAGCAGAGGGCCCAGGCUCUCCAGCAGAACACUGUGCAGGCGGAGGUGGCGCUGAGCGCUAGAGAUGCAGAAAUCCAGGCACUGGUCCUGAAUGUCAGGGUGAUGGGGGAGGAGCUUGAGAGUAGCCGUGGCUGCUACAAGGCCCAGAUGGAGUUUCAAGAACAACAGGCUCAGGAGAAUAUGACGAAAGCCACGGAACAAGUCUUGGUAGCACAGGGGGAAACCAUUGCAACCCUCCGAAAUGAGCUGGCUGAGGUCAAGGCCAAAUUAGCCGAGUUCCAGAAUGCCGACUCUGAGCCCAGGCCUAAGUGCUCGUACCAAGUGCUGCCCCUUCUUCUGUUGGACUCGGAGGAGGUCCCUCUCCUCAGCCAGACGGAGGCUCGCUCUCCGGAGUUCUCCGCUCCGUCUUCCAGCACGGGAAGCCACCUCAGCCCACUCCUCCCGAGCCCGCUGGCGACGGAGGAGACGCGGCCCCGCAGAUCCUCAACGUCAUCGGUGGAUUCUAUGAAGCGCAAAGGCGCCAGCUUCCUCAAGCUUUUCAAGAAACCAUAGGAAGGCAAAGAGGGAGAGAAACGGGAUGAGCGCCAGACCACUGGACAUGCUGCUGGAGCUGUUCUUGCUGUGACACAUAGACCCAAAAAAAAGAAAUUCCUUAAAUAUUUCAUUCACUUCCUGUGAAACAUAGACAAAAAAAAUGCCAGUUACUCAGUUAUUCCUUUAAUAUUUCAACUUGUUUCUUUCACUUCCUGUGAAAAAUAGACAAAAAACAUAGACA